UUUUUUCUUAAAUUAAGGCGAAAAUAUUUAAUUAAAGAUUCAGUAAUGCUUAUUAAUUUAUUUUUGUUAUUUUGCCUUGUUCUGAAACUCUGCUCAACACAAAAUGGGGAUGAUGAUAAUCUUGUUGGAAAUUUAAUUGAUUCGAGAUCUUCAGUCGCAAGAAAAUUGUACAAAUGUUAUCAAGGAAUUGACGGGUCUACAACCACAGAAUGUGUUGGAAGAGUUUGUAUUCGAGUGACACAUAAUCAAUCUGGUGCAGACAAACUUUAUUGCAAAAACUUUACUGAACCCAGCGAUCCUGCUGUAGGAGAAUGCAUAAAAAUGAGUGAGGGGCAAAUGCCUGGGCAAAGCGAGGUUUUUUUUAAUUUUUAA